AAGUCUCCGAUUGACGUUAAACGGACGUUACUGAACCUAAAACAGGCUCGGUUUUCUUACCCGAGGCUAUAAAGCAGAUACAGGAUCUAUAAUAAAAGAUAGAAAAAAAAGAAGAAAAAUCCAUCAAAAUCUUCCAAAUCGAAGUUUGAAUUUCUUGUUUUCCCUUUUCUCUGACCGAUUACAAGAGCGGUUUCAGCCUUUCAGGAAUGGGUGAUCACCUGGUUUUGUGUGUGGACCGCCUGAUAAAACCUCAAACUCUGCAAUCGCUGCAAGGAACUGAAGUCUCAGGAUCAUCUGAGGGUGGGGAUGAGGGUUCUUGCAGUCACACAGUCGAUCCGUCCACUUCCGCCCUUGAAGAUAAGGGGCUGGAGGAACAUCAUGGGCCGGAGGAAGAAGAACCACUCAUUCAGACGGUGGAAUGCCGCAUUUGUCAAGAAGAGGAUAGCAUCAAGAAUUUGGAGGUACCUUGUGCUUGCAGUGGCAGUUUGAAGUUUGCUCAUAGGAAAUGUGUUCAACGAUGGUGCAAUGAGAAAGGAGAUGUAACUUGCGAGAUCUGUCAUCAGCCUUAUCAACCUGGCUAUACUGCUCCACCUCCUCCACAGUCUGAGGAUGCUACAAUUGAUAUCAGCGAGGGUUGGACAAUCUCUGGUACUCCCUUGGAUUUAAAUGAUCCUCGACUUUUGGCAAUGGCAGCAGCAGAGCGCCAUUUUCUGGAGGCUGAGUAUGAAGAGUAUGCUGAUACAAAUGCCAGUGGAGCUGCAUUUUGCCGCUCUGCGGCCCUAAUUUUAAUGGCUCUUCUACUUCUGAGGCAUGCGCUGAACAUCACCAAUGCCGAUGGGGAUGAUGAUGCUUCCAACUUUUUCUCGCUUUUCCUGCUUCGAGCUGCUGGUUUCCUUCUCCCUUGCUACAUUAUGGCCUGGGCUAUCAGUAUAUUGCAGCGUCGAAGACAAAGACAGGAAGCUGCAGCAGCAUUGGCAGCAACCGAAGUUGCAUUUAUGCUGCAGGCUGGGCAACAUAGAGGCUUGCAGUUUACAAUAGCACCGGGACCUGCAGUGACUCCACAUCAGGAGCCACUUCAAUAAUUUGGGGUUCAUCAACUCUGGUAAGCGUCUGCAUAUAAGAAGAGGGUGUGUUACAACUGGAAUUUGAGUGUAUUGUUAUUAGCCUUACAAACUAUGGACAGGAAAAAAUUAGAGGGCCGUGUUUCUGUGCCUGUCAAGUUGUAUCCUUGGUGGGUUUAUUUGAAAAACCCAGAAGGUUCACGUUUCCCUUUUUUUCCUUUUUGUCUUUUUUUUUUUUUUGUUUUUAAUCUCUACAUUAUGUUUGUACAUAUAUGUUGGGUCUCACAGCAUAGUACUUUUGCUACCUUGGAAACUUAUUAUGUUGGUAGAGUUACCUACAGAUUAACAAACCAUUUUGAAUGUCUCUGAACCAUGUGAAGGUAAAGCAGAUUAUUCAUGCCUGUACUAGUUUAUUAUCUUUUAUCAUCAUUUAACUGAAUGGAACAGUUAUUCUGAA